GCAUGCCGAGCUAGCACACACACACAGGCCCUUAAUCUUAGAGAUUCAGCCGCAACGUUUGGGCACAAGCCGUUGGGGUAUGACACUACGUGGAAGGGCAUUGGUUGAGCCUCCGAAAAAAUGAGGCCUAGGUGUAGGUAGAUCAUAGAUGCGAUGCAAUGCGCUCCCCCUGUUAUCCUCUUACCCCGGCUUGAGUGAAGCCACUAUUUACAUACACGCCUACUGACUAGGCUCGGUAGGUAUUCAGCUAACGGCGUCUUAAUGCGGGCGUUUUUUCUUUCUUUCUAGGAAGAUAGAUUAGGUAGAUUCGUGAUAGGUUGAAUAGAGAUUUCGGUCAACAUACAUACAUACCUACCUAGCAUAUGAGUAAGGGGAAGCCCCCAUCCCCGCUCCUUUCUUUCAGUUUUCACUUUUCUUGUCUCGCCUUGUGUUGUCCUGUCUCCAUCUUUCCUCUCUUCGUCUUCUCUCGACAGAAUCGUGAGCGUGUAAGUCUUGGAGAAACAACAGCAGCAGCAACAGUAACGUUUGGUUUCUCUAGUUCGCGUGCGUGCGUGCGUGCGUGCGAAGUUGAAAAGAUGGAGCAGCCAGUGGCCUCCAAGUACUCGAGCCAGCGGGCUCCCGGGAAGGAGCACAUCCCCCUUUUCCCUAAAGGCUUCGUCGCCAUCCGUAUAAUCCAACUGGUGGUUGCCAUCAUCUGCCUAGGCUUGAGUGCGUUCGGCAUCGCUUUUCUGGUCUUUGCUGGCGAUUGCCUGACGCUGUUUACCUCCAUCGCGACCCUCCUGACCAGCAUCUACAUCCUCGUCGCGCACUUCGGCCCGCCAAAGGCAUACAACUACUGGGCGAUCCUCGGCCUCGACAUCUUCCUCGUGCUCUUCUGGCUCAUCUCCUUCGCCAUCCUCGCGGCCCAGGUCGCGUCCGCCUUCGCCGCGUACAGCGAGUACAGCGACUACUACGACGACUACUACGACCUGAGCGCGUACGACGCCGCGAUCACGACGUACGGCGCGUGCUUGGCGGCCGCCGCGGGGCUGGGCGGGCUGGAGUUCCUCCUCUACAUAAUCUCCCUAACAAUCCACGGCAUAAUGCUGCACCGGCACCGCAAGUCCGGCCUCAAAGCCAUGCCCCUCGCCACUACUCACCACCCUACCACCGCCCCCGCCGCCCCCGGCGAACUACAAGGCGACGGCGGCGCCAAGUUCCAAAUGGUGCAGCAGCCGCAACACCAGCAGCCGCAGCCGCAGCCGCAGCCAGCCGCCGGGGCGUGGAACACGGCGCACCCUCCUGCGCCUGCUGGAUCGCAAGUUGCUGGCAGUGGUGGGAAUGGGGGCGGGGGGUUCUACCCGCCGCACUCGCCGAGCCCGAUCUCGCCGCAGCCGACGGGGGGCGCUUACGCGCAGCCGCAGCCGCAGCAGUACCCGCAACAGCAGGGAGCGGCGAACCCCGGCCACCAGCCGAUCUACGAGGCGCCGGGGCAUGCGCAGCAGUAUCCUUCCGCGUAGUCGCCUACCUAACCUAGGUUCCUGUGUUAAUUAGCCUAGCCUGAGAGAAGAGAGAAGAGAGAAGAG